UUCAUUUCUGCUGUUUCUCAUCGUAGUGGGUAGGUGGAGCCUGUAUAUAAAAAAGCAUCUGAAGAAGUUUCGGAAAGUCACUGCUUCUCCUUGCUACAGGAGAAGCUGCACCUCAGAGUGGUUGGACCAGGCAGUGAUCCCUGCUUAGUGAGUGUAGUGGUUUGGUCCAAAAUACUCAUUACUUAUUUACACACUUGUGGAAAACCUACGUGGAAGCCCAGAAAAUCAGCGGGUCAUGGAUAAAAAGAAAGCAGCAUUCAAACAACCUUCUGAAAAAACCAAAAAUACCCCAAAGAAAGAAGGGUUUGUAUUUUCUUUCUUAAAACCAUAUCCAGAAGCUGUUACAGUGCCUCUCCCACCAGAAGAACCAGAAGAAGCUGAUCUGAUGUCAGAGAACAUGUUUGAGAGAAGGCCUGACUAUGAGCAGAAGGACUUGGAGAAAGAGUUUUCCGGAGAAGAGGACAAGCAGGCUGCAGAACACACCUUGUACAACCAGUAUGAGGAGAAGAUCCGACCCUGCAUUGAUCUUGUCGACAGCCUGAGAGCUCUUGGAAUAGAAAAGGACCUGUCCUUGCCUGCAAUUGCAGUGAUUGGAGACCAGAGCUCUGGGAAAAGUUCUGUGCUCGAAGCCCUGUCUGGUGUUCCUCUUCCCAGGGGCAAUGGUAUUGUCACUCGCUGUCCCUUGGAACUUAAACUCAAGAGGGUGCCUGAAGGCCAGCCAUGGAAAGGGAAAAUCUGCUACCGGAAUGUUGCCCUGGAGCUCCAGAACGCCUCUGAGGUGGACAGAGCAAUAAGGCAAGCCCAGGAUGUUGUGGCCGGUCCUAGAGGUGCCAUUAGUGGACAGUUGAUCUCCCUGGAAGUUCAGUCCCCUGAUGUCCCAGACCUGACAUUAAUUGAUCUUCCUGGAAUUGCCAGGGUGGCCGUGGGGGACCAGCCGAAAGACAUCGGGGACCAGAUCAAAAUGCUACUUAAAAGAUUUAUUGGCUGCAAAGAGACAGUCAAUUUGGUCGUGGUGCCAUGUAAUGUGGAUAUUGCAACAACAGAAGCAUUGAAAAUGGCUCAAGAGGUGGACCCCAGUGGAGAAAGGACAAUAGGAGUCCUCACAAAACCUGACCUGGUGGACAGAGGGACUGAAGAGUCUGUUGUUAAAGUAGUGCAAAACAGGGUAAUCCCCCUCAAAAAAGGGUACAUGAUCGUGAAGUGCCGUGGGCAGCAGGACAUCCACAACAGAAUGACCUUGGCUGCUGCAAUCCAACACGAAAGAAACUUCUUUGAGACUCACAAACAUUUCAGGGCUGUUAUGGAAGAAGGAAAGGCUACUAUCCCCCAUUUGGCAGAGAAGCUCACAAAUGAACUUGUGAAACACAUUAUUAAAACUUUGCCAGCACUGGAGAGCCAAAUUCGUGACACCCUCCAUAAAACAUUACAGGAUCUGCAAAGGUACAACAGAGGCACACCCAGAACAGAGUCUGAGAAGCUGUUUUUCCUCACAGAUUUGAUCAAACUCUUUAACCAAGACAUCUCUCAGACCACGCGGGGAGAGGAGCAGCUGUUUGGAGAUGAAGUCAGGCUGUUCACGAAGAUCCGCAAGGAGUUCCGAACGUGGGGCGUGAUUCUCCUGGAGUGUGCUGCAAGGGCUAAAAAAAACACCCCCAGUAGAGUGUGGAAAUAUGAAGACCAGUACCGUGGACGGGAGUUCCCAGGCUUCAGCAACUACAGGACUUUUGAGGACAUUAUAAAAGAGCAGAUCAGAGAACUGGAAGAGCCAGCAGUUGAGAUCCUGAACAGCGUGAUGGAACUGGUUGAAGAGAAAUUUAUGGAAGUCGUUAAAAGGAAUUUUGCUAAUUUCCACAAUCUAAGCAGAGUUGCCAAGGUGAAAAUUGAAGACAUUCGAGAGAAACAAGCAGCAGAGGCUGAAAGACAUAUCCGGACACAGUUUAAAAUGGAGAGAAUUGUGUACUGCCAGGAUGACCUUUACAUUGGUGCUUUAAAUGCUGUUAAGGCAGAAAACGGCCCCAACCUUGCCAUGGGGAAAGAUCUGCAGUUUCUUGAUCCAAAGGAGCCCUCUGUUGUCACAGAGAUGGUUUCUCACACGAGCGCCUACUUCUCUGGAGCAAGCAAACGCCUCUCCAAUCAGAUUCCUCUGAUCAUCCUGUCUUCUGUCCUUCAUGACUUCGGAGAAAAUGUGCAGACCGCAAUGCUGCAACUUUUGCAAGAUAAAGAGAAGUUAAACUUUCUCCUUGAGGAGGACACUGAAGCUGCUAAAACCAGGAAUUACCUCAGCCAACGAGUUGAUCGUCUCACCAAAGCCUGCCAGUACCUGAGAGACUUCAGCUUGUUGUAACUUCUUUGUUUUUCAGAAGUUUUUUUCUCCUCAUCUUCUAGCAUUACUGAAAAAUGUAAUGUCAGCCCAGACCUUUAAUACUAAUUUCUAGUGUUCAAUUUUUCUUUAUUUUCCAUAAUCAGUUAUAUGCAAACAGCUGCCUUUACGUAAAGGGCUCCACUGGGGAAGUUGUGAUUAAUGAACAUUAUCCCAUUUCUAAACAUUUUCUUAAUGAAACUUAACUCUGUGAAACUGUGAAACUCUGUGAACCACUGAAAUAAUCACUAAAAAGCUACCACUCUGAGGAUUACAUGUUUUGUUGUUGUUUUUGUUUUUCUCUUUUUAAUGAUGGGAGCUGUGUAAUUCACAAGCUGGAGAAAUCAAAUUAUCUAACUGUUCCUCAAUGAAGCUUAGUGCGUGACACUCGUGAUCUCCCACUUCCCUUUGUGUUUUUGUCUUGCUGGGGUUGUUCUCUUUCCUGCUAUCACCUAAAAGACACCUCUGCGAAGUGUCACCACUAAGUCAGCCCAGGAGGGAGAGAGGGAGCACACAGCGGGCAUGAAACAGCUCCAGCCUAGAAGGAAAAGAAAGUUUAUUUACUCCACUUCAUCCAGAGGAUGCCAUUGGCUCUGUUCAGUCUCCUUUCCCAGCUGUCUGAUUUGCAGAAGGGCCAAGAAGCUCUUUCUCUCAGAUAUCUGCAGCAUCACCUGAAAGUUUGGGACUGAUGGGCAAUGCACUGGAGAGCAGGAUUUGGAUGUCCAAAAGGAAUGAAACCUCCCAGGAUGUUAAAUGUUACAAGGGUGUCUCAGCAUGUGUUUUGCUGCUUUUCUCCUUCCCCUCCCCAGGGCAAGGAGAACCUUUCCAAAAUCUCCUUCAUUUCAUGAAAGCCAAUGCAAAAUAUGUUAUCACACACUGUGUUCAUGACAUAUUUUUCAUAGAGUGCUUUGUGCACCAAAAGUAAUGUCAGUAUCCAGCUAGAAAAAAUGUGCUUAUACCAGUGUGGGAUGUAGUAAUUUCCAAGUUUCUUGCAAGAGAAGCCUUCUCUUCAGGCUAGAAAUGACAGAAAGUGUUUGUCCCUGUGGCAUGGAACUGCAGCUGGUGCCUGACUUCUGGUACAGCAUUCACCCCAAGAUCCAGCUUCCUUAACCCUCUUGAACACUGCAGCCAGUUUCUCCUUUCUUCCAGUACAUGAUUUUGCUACCAUUGACUUGCAGUGCUGCAGGUCAGAAGCCACAGAAAAAGCACCUCAGACCUGUAACAACUUAAUUUUUUAAUUUCUGUUUUGAAAGUAUUUUCAACUCAUGGGCUAUUUCACUGUACCCCCAUGCCCCAAGGUGCACUUGAUGCACAAGUGCUAUUGAAAACACCCAUCUCACACCUAAAGAGGAGAGGCAAAGACACAUUGCUCCAGGCAGCAUGAGGUGGAAUAACAAAAUAGGGUGCAGCUCCCUUAAGCCACUGCCUGCAGGCUAAACUUCCUUAUUUAAUUCAAUUAAUUCAGGGUGAUUUCACCAGACCCAGCCACCAAAGACAUUCAGCAUUCCUGGGCACCCUGCUCUCUGGGUUUGUUCAAGGGCCUGAAAUAUUGGAAUUAAAAAAAUCUCUUUGCUGA